GACUCGCAUUUUUUCUCUCGCUUGCUUACUAUAAAAAGUCCACAACCUCAAACCAAAAACAUUACAAGUGUUCUUGCAAAGUGAGAGACCAAAGAAAGGAAAAGAAAACAAGACAAGGAACAUGAAAGUGAAUACCCAGAAAGACCCAGAUAAAAUAAUCUGGGAUCAAAUGAGAAGUCCAUCUUCCACCCUAAUUUCUGGGUCACAAACCAGAACCUUACCAAAACUCAUGGUAUGGCUAAUCCUCUUUGUUUCAGUCACUUAUGUUGUUUACACUCUCAAGCUUGUUUCAACUUCUCGUGCUUGCAAUAAUGAACCUUUCACUACAAAUCGUCAUCUUUCUUCAAUUUCCAACAACAAUUCCUUACAUUUGAUUCGAAAUCACACAUCUCUAGCCAUUCCCAGAAGGGAAAAUCAAGAACCCCGUCUAGAAACUGGGUUUCAACACAUAGUUUUUGGUAUUGCAGCCUCAGCAAAGCUCUGGGAACAACGAAAAAAUUACAUCAAGAUUUGGUAUAAACCUCAAGAAAUGAGAGGCAUUGUUUGGUUAGAUGAUAAAGUGAAGAAUCAAGAAAGAGAAGACAGCAACUUGCCACCAAUUAAAAUUUCAAGUGACACAUCGAGAUUUUCUUACACAAACAAACAAGGUCAUAGGUCUGCAAUCAGGAUCUCUCGGAUCGUGUCCGAAACAUUGCGUCUCGGGCUAAAAAAUGUGCGGUGGUUUGUAAUGGGAGAUGAUGACACGUUUUUUAUUGCGGAGAACCUUGUGAGAAUCUUGAGGAAAUAUGAUCAUAAUCAGUAUUAUUACAUUGGGAGCUUAUCAGAAUCUCAUUUGCAAAACAUUUUUUUCUCUUAUGGAAUGGCUUAUGGUGGUGGUGGUUUUGCUAUUAGUUAUCCAUUAGCAAAAGCUCUUGAUAAGAUGCAAGAUAGAUGUAUACAGAGAUAUCCAGGGCUUUAUGGAUCUGAUGAUAGAAUGCAGGCUUGUAUGACUGAACUCGGUGUCCCCCUCACCAAAGAAGUUGGCUUUCACCAGUAUGAUGUGUAUGGAAACCUGUUUGGACUCCUUGCGUCACACCCUGUUACACCCUUGGUCUCAUUGCAUCAUCUUGAUGUUGUUGAACCCAUUUUCCCAAAUGCAACUCGAGUCGAAGCCCUACGGUUGCUAACGGUGCCAAUGAAGCUCGACUCUGCAGGGCUAAUGCAGCAAUCCAUUUGCUAUGACAAAUCCAAGAGGUGGACCAUUUCUGUUUCAUGGGGUUUUGCUGUUCAAAUUUUCCGAGGAGUCUUCUCGCCCCGCGAAAUAGAAAUGCCUUCAAGAACAUUCUUGAAUUGGUACAGGAAAGCAGAUUACACAGCAUAUGCAUUCAACACUCGCCCGGUUAGCCGAAACCCUUGUCAGAAGCCCUUUGUGUUUUACUUGUUGAAGGCCAAAUUUGAUUCUUCGCUUAAUAAAACAGUGAGUGAGUAUGGAAGGCAUCAUGUCCCGCAUCCUGCAUGCAAGUGGAAGAUGGCUGAUCCUGACAAGAUUGAGACAAUUGUGGUUCAUAAGAAACCUGAUCCUCAUCUAUGGAAUAGAUCUCCAAGAAGAAACUGCUGCCGGGUAAUGAACUCAAAGAAGAAAGGAAGUGUCAUGGUUACUGUGGGUGUAUGUAGGGUUGGUGAGAUCAGUGAAGUAUAGGGGUAAGUGGAGAGAUUUAGGAUAGUAGCUGCUUCUCUUCUUUCCCUUUCAAAUUCUUGGUUCUUCAAUUUAUUUCUUAUGUUACCAAUUUUGCAAGUGUAACUGUAUUCAUGUGUAGACUUUACAGAAGAAUCAUUAGAAAAGAAAUAUGUUGAUGUAUAAAACUUCGUGGUGCCCGCAUUAUAUACAUGUGCUUGAUGUGUACUCUUCAAUUAGUUGAUAUUUUCUCGCUUAUAAUGGAGUUUUGAGACCCAAAUA